AUGCUGUCAGGGGCCGAGAAGACGUACAUCGAGGCCGGUGCCGCGCAGGGAAUCCGAGCCGAUGGUCGGGGGCUGCUUGAUUUGCGACCGGUGACGCUGGAAACCAGCCUGCUACCGACAGCCUCCGGGUCCGCGCGAGUCCGCAUCGGCGGCGUCACAGACAUCCUCGUCGGCGUCAAGGCGGAGGUCGUCGAGCCGCACGUCAAUGCCCCAGAUGAGGGCCUCAUGUCGUUUGCGGUCGAAUGCAGCAGCCUAGCCUCGCCGGACUUUGUCGGCCGCGGCGGCGCCGAUCUGAACGCGGAGCUCAGCCAGCUGCUCACGCGCCUGUACGCCUCGUCCGCGACGCGCGAGCUCCGCAGAGGGCUCGCGCUCAUUCCGGGCAGGAAGUGCUGGGUUCUGCAUGUCGACGCCUUGGUCCUGGAUUCGGGAGGCAAUUUGUACGGGGCAUUGUCACUGGCUGUGCGUGCCGCGCUUAGGGUUGUUACGCUGCCGAGAGUGGUCAUCAUCCCGGGCGAGGCCGAUGAUGAUGACGAGAUCGAGGUCAACGAGGAGGUGUUUGAGAGGCUCAGCAGAUCGGAGGAUGCGCCUGUCGCCGUGACUUUGUCGGCGGUUGGCGGUCGCGGCAUUUAUAUCGCCGAUUCGACGUCUGAGGAAGAGGCUUGUGCGAAGGCCGCCAUCACUAUGGGCGUCAACUUGGCUGGCCGCGCCUGUGGCGCUGUGUCGGGCGGUACAGGGGGUGUGGAUAUGGAUACGCUCAAGAGUAUGUUGAAAGAUGCUGUACGGGUGGGCGGCGAUAUCCUCAAGACGACCGAUAGUUUUUUGCAAGAUGAUAUUGCGAGAAUGGAAUCAGGUGAAGAAGUUGAGCCUGUUGGGUUUUUCUCAUGACAGCAUAAUUCAGAUUGGCAAUGUCAUUUGGAAACAAGUUGGAAAGUGAAAUUGUUUAUAUUGGGACAGGAGCAAACGAACGCCUAUGCUGGUGGUGCCACUGGGCGUUUUCUGACGUUCAUUACCCCAUGCUCAGUCACAGAGAGUGACUUGCGCUCUGGUCUGAAGAUUAAUGACGUAAUCAUGCGACGUUAUUUUUCUUCGGCACGGAAUUUGUCCCUCUGCAACAUUUGCAACUUGUACAUAAAUAUACUUGGCUGACUUUUGACA